UCCAGAAGUCGGGUCUGCAGGCUCGAAGAGGGCUGAGUGAACCGGUCCAGAGACGUUGUCCGGAGGGAAUACGUCUCCACUCCUCUGCUGCUCUGCAAUAUACAAAGUUCCGUUGUCGACCUGGGUUGAAAUUCAUGGCAACAGGUGGGAAUAUUCUUCGUGACAAUCAUGGCUCCGCAUAGUACGGUUGAGGACGCAGCCAGCCUGCAGACCUUGAGCAUUGACAGCAAGGAUGGCCUGUCUCCACGGGAGAAGGUGUUCGUCUACCAGCACCUUCCCCAAAUAUCGGACACGAUGAUAGAGUCGUACGACCGAGAUUUUGUCCAGGUCAUGCAGGGGAUGGAUAUCAAGUGGGAGAAGAUGCCAUCACCAUUAGACUUCCAAGCCUGGAGAGAGUACGAUCGAACCGAGUACCACAACUACGAUCGUGAGGUGCACUGCAAGCGGACGCGCACCAAAGUCCCAGUCACGGUUACGAAAGUGCUCGUGUCGUAUGGAGAGAAUAACGAAUUUGGUAUCCAUGUGUUUGAGCCACAGCACGAGGAUGCAGGAGCUCGCCCGGCCGUUCUCAUGUACCAUGGCGGAGGAUGGUCGCAUGGCGACCCCAAUAUUGACGCAGAAUUGUCGAAAUUCUUCGCUAGUGAACUUCGCGCAGUUGUUUUCGGGGUUGACUACCGGCUUGCCCCGGAGCACAAUAUCCUCACCAUUCAUGAAGACGCAUAUCAAGCUCUUGAAUGGGUGAUCAAGAAUGCCGAGAAGUACAGCAUUGACUCCGGCCGCAUAGCACUCUGGGGUUGUUCAGCUGGCGGGCAUCUCGCUGCCACUGUGGCCAUGCGUGACGCAAAGGAGCACAAUCCUUCCAGACUUUCGCAGGUCAAUCUUGUUGUGCCAGCAUUGUGCCACAUAGAUGCAUACGAUGAGGUGCUCAAGGCAGUUGUGCUAGCCAAGUUAAAGGUGUAUGUUCCGACCCAGCAGGAUGAAGCCAUACAGUUUCUCAGAUAUGUUUUCGCUGUCAUGGCUCAAGCUCUGCCGCCCGAUCAUCCGGUUGUCUCGCCAUUGUGCCAUCCAGAUCCUCUGCCGGAGCACCACGCUCCGACCCAUUUUUCCGUUGCCGGAUGUGAUAUCCUGCUCCACGAAGGGAUCGCAUAUGCAACCAAAUUGCGCAAUGCUGGUAUUGACACCAUGGUCGAGGUCCUUCCGGGAGUCCCGCAUGGGUUUACCAUGGCGGUCAAGGCAAAGGCCACCUUGAACUGGACGAGAAACCAAGUCAGGGUGCUGGAAGCCGGUCUCCGGAAGUGAGUCAUGCUGUGCACUUGAUGAUUGCAUACCUGGCCGGGCAACAAUAUUUAUUGGGGGUUGUCAUGGUAGAGCCUUGCCACGGAACGCGCUCAGUUGAGACGUUCCAUUCUGUUCAGUGCUGUGAUGUUGAGAAGUUCUAUCACGACAUAGGAAAGACUUCCAGCUGGGCCCUAGAAUAGCUCUGUGACAAAUGUUCUUAUAUCCCAUACUCGUCGGCAAGCGCCACCCAAGCGUCCACAAUUUUGUCGACGUCGGCCUUUUUGAUAGGGAUGCGAUGACCGCCAUCCCACUCGACGAGCUCAGUUGUGCCAGGAGCACAAUAAUCUUGCACGAGUCUUCUGUGCAGAUGUAGACCUUCAUCCUUCAAUCCAUGCACGUGAAGUGUCGGUAUUCUCAGCUUCAUAUCGGGUCGUUCCAGAAUACUGUCUAGAUCGGCCGCAUCUGGCAGCCCGCCCGCCGACUGCAUCCAAGGGAAACUCUCGGCUUCUUCGUUGAGGCUCACUAGCGGCGCGCGUCCUGCUAGAAUAACUGCGAACUUCCACGGACCAGGCUUCCCUUGCAGCUGCUGCUCGUAGAGCAAACUCGCGGCCAGCUUGGCACCUUGGCUGAACCCGAGGACACCGACCCAUUCACCCGUGCCUUCGUCGGAUUCCAUAGCUCGCUCGAUGGUGUACUCAAUCUCGUAGGCGCAAGCUGCGGGAUCGAUUUCAGGAUGCGUGUCAAGCCACCUCGACCACCUUCGAAACGGUCCCCAAUCUGAAUACACCGGGUAGACGCCAACUCCUUCGUCGCAAAAGAAAGGUGCAUCGACAAACACAAACCGAAAUCGGUUUUUGAGUUUCUCGUGAUUGAGGAAAGCCCGAAACUGUGCUCGAAAGAUGGCGGCAUUGACACCUCCGCCGUGCAGGCAGAGGACCCGGGGCAGGUUUAAAGUUGGAUUGGGAGAAGCCAUACUCACUGGCCUUCCUCAGGACGGUGACAAGCGGAAGGCCGUGGUAUUGUUAUUCUUGUAGCUGUGGAGUUGGCACGAGACUUGAGGCCAGAAUUCCUUCGAUGCUAGUACCCCGAGGCACCACGGUUCUUUCGACUUUCAAGACAAUGCGGGAGGCCAAUCUAUAAGUUGUAUGUAGUGACAGGCAAGAAGGAAAAAGAAACGAACUCAUCUGCUUGGAGAAGAAGGACCGCUGAGCUCAAAAAACAGGCGGAUAAAUUACCUGGUAAUUGGGGCUUCAGUUGAUGUUAAUAAGUAAGGCUGGAACUACAAAUGCUCGGCUGCCUCAGGGUCCUCCCCAUCCGUCACGGCCCGUCAGCGAAAUAUAAAAAUAGCCAUACUGUAAGGCUACC